AGAUACUCUGUUUGGUAAUAAUAAAAAAGAAAAACAUGUUUCCCCACCGAUCCCUUCGAAAACCGAGGUUCCUGUCCAAAGGCCUCCUAUCCAAAAGAAAAGCAAGGAUUUUAUCAAAAAAAUGAAAGAUACAGAUAGGAACGUUAUACUGUUUUAUGGUUCACAAACCGGUACCGCCGAGGAUUAUGCAUCCCGUCUAGCAAAAGAAGGUCAACAACGGUUUGGUUUAAGAACGAUGACCAUCGAUGUUGAAGAUUGUGACAUGACCCUUCUCGACAGGUUUCCAGAGGAUGGUGUGGCUUUCUUUGUGAUGGCAACUUAUGGCGAGGGAGAACCUACCGAUGAUGCCGUUGAUUUUUGGGAAUUGAUAAAUUCUGAAACUCCCGAAUUUUCGGGUGGAGUAUCGAUCGAAGAAGGACCAUUAUCGAAUCUUCGCUAUGUCGUCUUUGGUCUAGGGAACAAGACAUAUGAACAUUUUAAUGCAGUCGGAAGACGGGUUGAUGCAAAAUUAACCGAGUUUGGUGCAAAAAGAAUCGGCGUACGCGGUGAGGGCGAUGAUGAUGGUAGCUUAGAAGAAGAUUUUCUCAGCUGGAAAGAAGAUAUGUGGAAGGUCGUUUGUGAUACAAUGGGCGUUGAUCAAAAUGAAGUUCAAUCGGGAGCUCGCAUUGCCUCAUAUAAAAUUACCGAAUUAGAUGAAUAUGAUGUUAAUCAAGUCUUUUACGGCGAGCACGGUGAAAAACCUAUAGCCUCUAGCGGAGUUCAAGUUUUCGAUUCCAAAAACCCAUAUCCGUCAGCGGUUAAAGUUUCCCGUGAAUUAUUCAACACUACCGAUCGCAAUUGCAUUCAUUUGGAAUUAGAUGUUACUGGAUCAGGAAUAAACUAUCAGUCUGGUGAUCAUGUCGCAAUUUGGCCUAUAAAUCCAGAACAAGAAGUCUACCUAAUACUUAAGACACUAGGCCUUUGGGAAAAGAAAGAUACAGUAGUCAUUGUCGAAAGUACCGAUCCUUCUUCAUCAAAAAAAUAUCCGUUUCCGGUUCCCACGACUUAUGCUACGAUCUUUCGUAAUUAUCUUGAUAUACAUGCUCCGGCUUCUCGUCAGUUUAUCGCCACAUUGGCAAAUUAUGUUUCCAGUGAAGAGGGGAAGUCUAGACUCACUACUUUAGGUCAAGAUAAGGAGGCUUACCGAAAAACAGUAGCCGACGCACAUUUAACUCUUGGUGAAAUUUUGGAUUUGAUGUCUCAGAAUGGUAAACCAGUGGACACCAUUCCAUUGGAUCUGAUUAUUGAAACGUUGCCAAAAUUGCAAUGCAGAUACUACUCUAUUUCUAGUAGUCCAAAAGCCACGCCCAAUAAUAUUCAUAUUACCGCCUCAGUUUUAACAUAUAAUCCAUCUGCUGCGCCACAAAAGACGAUUUAUGGGCUUGCAACAAAUUAUAUACUUCAGGUUCACCGCAAACUCAAUAAUAUUCAACACCCAGAAAGUUCACCGUACUAUCUGUAUUCUGGUCCCCGGAACAAGUAUUAUGACGAAACUACAAAUACAAUUAGACUUGCAGUACAUGUUCGAAGAUCGAACUUUAAAUUGCCGAAAAACUUCAAAACUCCGGUGGUGAUGGUGGGUCCUGGCACUGGUGUCGCACCAUUUCGAGGGUUUAUAAUUGAAAGAGCCAAACAUAAAAGUGAUGGAAGUGAAGUUGGAGAUACUGUUUUAUUUUUCGGAUGCCGAAAGAGAAACGAAGACUUUUUGUAUGAUAAUGAAUUUGAUGAGUUAUUUAAGACACUAGGAGAAAAUGGAAAAUUGAUUACUGCAUUUUCAAGGGAGCAAGAGCAAAAAGUAUAUGUGCAGCACCGUAUUCUCGAAAACCAAGAAUAUCUAUGGGAUUUAAUUUACACUCGAGGUGGUUACUUUUAUGUAUGCGGCGACGCAAAAAACAUGGCUCGUGAUGUAAACAAUGCGCUGAUUAGAAUAGCCCAAUCGUGUGGCAACAUGGAUGAAGACAGUGCGACCGCUUAUGUCCGAGACCUAAGGAGCCGUGGGAAAUAUCAAGAGGACGUAUGGAGCUAA